AUGAGCACCGAAGGUGAACUACAAGCCCAACGUCGUGACCAAACUCGCGAGCAGCGUCCAACCUUGUCAAGAGGAGGAUCUGUAUCCUCUCAAUCGUUUCAUGCGUCCUUAGGUUUGGGAUCUAAUUCUCCCACGCAACCAUCAACAACCCGCCACUGUCCUCCUGGUCAUUGUCCAGAGAGUCUAGAACACAUUCUGGUUGAGGUUCUCGAUCUCCCUCCAGAUGGUAUUCUUGCUCAAGCAUUGAAGCAUGCUAAAACUACCUGCUUCGUUGACCUCAUGGCUAUGACCGAUGUGGCGAUUGACUCUCUUGUUUAUCCAAGCAGUCAAACACCUAAUGAUGAAGGCAACUUCCAAGAUGAUCAACUUGCCCUGGUACCACUGUCCAUUUGCAGUCUCAUCAAGGUCAUCCAAGGGUACGUUUACUACCGCAAACAUGUCCAUAACGACCCUGUCAACCCUGACAACUGCAUGGAUAUUGACUACGGAAGUGUACUCGGCUAUAGAGCUUCUGGAGAGUUCUUAACUUUUGGUAAUAGAACUAUUCCACAACCUAUUAUCCAGAAACCAAGUCGUCGUACCCCUGCUGAUGAAUUCGAUAGAAGCAUCAGACGAGAACCGUCGUCUUCCCCUACUUUCAGCAAUGACAAGCAAUGGGAAAACUACAAUCGUAAUCUUGCAGCCAUCUGUUGCACUUACGGUCUGCAAAAUGUUCUUAAUCACAAGUACCGCCCACAAACUGUUGAUGAAAAGGACCUCUUUGACCGUCAGCAGGCGUUCAUGUAUCAAGUCUUUACCACGACUCUCCUCACCAAUAAAGGCAAGCAAUUUGUUCAUGAGCAUCAAGCAACCUUUGAUGCGCAGAAAAUUUACAAUCAACUUGCUAAAGCCUACACUAAGAGAAGCUGA